AUGGAGUAUACCCAGGAAAGAAGUUCAUUAGACGAACGUCCGAACCACUCCACAACAUUUAUCGGAAAUUCGAACGAAUCUGAUCCAUUCUUGGUGAAUCAUUUCCCUCACAAUGACCAAGAUGAGAUCGACUUCUUCAGGGUCACGUACCGACAGGUCACUGAUGACAAGAGUCAACCACUUCAUUUCUUGCAAAGCCAGACCGGAACAGCCGCUGAAUCGCAAAAAGUCCUCGGCGAGUGUCUUCCUAAAAUAGAUGAGCGGGAGAGAUUGGAAAAUAUCGUCGACAAGGCUACUGGAGUGUCACUCGUCAGGCUAUAUUUCAGAUUCGUCUUCCAAGCAUUGCCCAUUCUCUCCCGGUCGCUUGUCCUCCCGGAUGUAGAACGCUUUGUCGCAGAGGCGUCGACUGGCCUGUUGGCAGGUAUCUACAUGCUCGCGUUGCCAUUCACGCCAUGGGAUGAGGCACUAUGUAUGAACAAUGCAUAUACGAAGCCAAGUGUCGAUGGUCUCUGGCAAAUCUCAUAUAUCUGUCUUCAGAGAGAGUUGCACUUCCCGCGACUCUCGACCGUUCAGAUCUUCCUCUUGCUACUAAACCAGGUAUCUUUUGAUUCCGUCUCAGUCGAGAAUCCUUCUGCCUGGUCCAUGGCUGCUUCAUUGCUCGGGAUGGCGCAGUCGUUGGGUCUCAAUGCAGAUCCAAGGGGCUGGAACCUGCCACCUUGGGAGAUUAGGCUGCGGAGAAGACUGUGGUGGUCUGUCUAUGUUGAGCAUACUUGGAGGUCUGUCACUCAUGGUCGGUCGUCUAUGAUACGACAUGAUGACUGGGACGUAUCCCCUCUCACCGUGGAUGAUUUUGCCGUUGACCCUACAACACCGACAAUGCCUGGUGGAUCUCAGCCACCAGACUACAUCAUACAACUCUGCUCGUUGACAAGGAUCGCCGAUGAAAUCUGCCGGCUAUUCUUGUGA